UCCCAGCAGGUCGAGGACGGAAAUCUAGUCUGCAGAAGCAUUCCCUCGUGAAACCCCCACGUAUUACUGCAUGAUUCAGUAUUCUCACUUGCUGUCAAGCUGUCAAGUUAUCUAUAUAUACCGCGCCGAUGCCUCAUUGCUUAAUAAUUCCCAUAGCGCAUACAGACUAUCUUCUAUACUCAUCUCAUACUACCAUUGAACCAAAAAAAAAAAAUAAAAUUUUCGACAUCAUGGUUCGGGGACUUGUCAGCCUUUCCACCCUCAUCCUUGCUGCGGUUAGCAGUGCUGCUCCGCUAACACCCAGCGCUGGUACGGAAGCCAAAUCUGAAGUGCGCACCGCGAACGACAAGACUGAGGCCGUGCCUGAUGUCUUCUUCUAUAACUGGGGUAAAAAGACCAAGCGCGAAGCGGGUGUGCCUGACCUCGUCUUUGUUGGCUGGGGUGCAGCGGCCAAGCGCGAGGACCAUCGAGAGGAGCAGAGCUAAGCAGAAAACUUGAAAGGAGAUCAGCUAUGUGUAGGUCCCUUCUAGGGCCUGUUCCUUGGGAUACAUCAUAGCGUUACGUCUACGAUUGGGAAUGCGGAUUAUCUUACUGCAUCUCUGUCGAACUACACAUUCGUUUUGGCUA